AUGGCGGAAACUCAAACCUUCGAUACGAUACCCAUCCUCCCGCUCUCCCAUGCUCUAGAUCCGGCGACCAAGCCAAAGUUCCUUGAAGACUUGCGACAUGCACUGUUGAACGUGGGGUUCUUGUAUCUAUCUGAAACGGGCCUGCCGGAUCAGUUGAUCAAGGAUGUCAUCAGAGAAUGUCAGGGCUUCUUCAAGGAAUUGCCGCAGGAUGAGAAGGAGCGGAUUGAAAUGAAGAACGAGAAGAGCUUUCUUGGCUGGAGUCGGCUCGACAACGAGACGACAGCGCUGAAUCCCGACCAUCGCGAACAACUGGAUCUAUCGACACCCCACCCUGUGCCAGGACCAGAGGCACCUCUCUACCACAACCUCUUAGCACCAAAUCAAUGGCCAUCGCCACAAUACCUCCCGGACUUUCGACCUGUAUACGAAGACUAUAUGCGACGCAUGGCGCACAUCUCGACUUUGUUCACCUCUUUGAUCGCUGAAGCAAUUGGGCUUCAACCCAAUGCAUUCGACAAGUUCUUUGACUCAGAUCAACAACACAAGCUGAAGAUUGUUCAGUACCCUGAAGUAGACGUGGCUGAUCUGCCAUCGAAUGCAAGUAUCAUGGACCGCAAGAAGUGGGAGAUCAAGCGCCAAGGUGUCGGGCCACACAAGGACAGCAUGCUCACCAGCUACCUUCUGCAAGCAAGCAACCAGAAGGGGCUUCAAGCGCAGAAUGCCAAGGGUGAAUGGAUAGACUGCAAGCCCAUUGAUGGCACGCUCGUCGUAGCGAUCGGGCAAGGCAUGGAGGCUUUAACCGACGGGGUGUGCGCGUCCACAACACAUCGCGUACUGAGUCCGCGCAAAGGCGAAGGAGCCCGAUUCUCAAUCCCAUUUUUUCAAGGCGUCAGCUACGACGCGCAAUUUGAAGCAAUGGACGUGCCUGCCGAUGUGCUAAGGCUGCGAGAUCAGGCCCGCAAGGCCCGCAAGGACGAUGUCGAGUUUACAUUCGUCAAAGGGCGGUGGGGACAUCUCGGCGAAGCUACGCUGAUGAACCGCGUCAAGAGCCAUCCCGAUGUUGGCGAGCGCUGGUAUCCAGAGUUGCUGAAGCAGAUACAGGCUCAGCAAGCUGCGGCCGUAGCAGCAGCGACCUAG